AUGACCCAACAUUUUGGAUACCAACCUUUUGCUUCUUCUCAAGCUUUACCUGCUUCGUAUGAUCCCACCGUCUACUAUAGAGGUGGGGCUGCAGUGGAAACACAACAGCAGCUCAACUUCCAAUACCCCGUCUCUGGUGUAUAUCAACAGCAACAACAACAUCAUGACACUAUUCAACGCAUGCAUCAGCUACAGCAACAACAUGCAAUGUACCAGCAGCAUGCCAUGUACCACCAACCACACAUGAUGACCUAUCCUCAAUAUCCACUUGAUGGGAUGUCUCAAUAUAAGAGACUCCAAACCAAAGCUGAACGUCGAGCCGAACACAACGCUAAUGAGCGUGCACGCCGUGAGAAUCUAAACACCAAAUUCCAACAACUUGCACACUCUUUGCCCAACUUGCAAAACGAUCGUCGUCCAUCUAAGGGUACCAUUAUUGAACGAACGCUUGACUUUGUCAAGAACACGGUUCGCAAAGAAGAGGAAUUUAUGACUGAGCUUCGUAGAUUACGCGAAGAGCACUGCGAGCUGAUGCAACAAUUGUAUCCUGGUCGUCAACUAAACACGUCGUCCUUUGACUUUGAUGAAUUCUCUUCUUCCGAGGGCUCUUGCUCACCAGUAGAAGCCACUAGUCUUCGUUCAGCAUCAUGCCCCUCACUCGAAUUGCCUUCUACUGCUUCAUCCAGUAGCCCCAACGUGGCCUUCCAAUUCUUUGACACGAACCCAAACGCUUCUACAAACACUGACACGGUCAUCAACAACGAUGUUAUGCUUGGUCAAACAGCUGACGGAUCACUUCGAAACCAUUAUGAAAGUGAUGAUGACAAUAGCAGUGCCCAUAUUGAUGAUCUUGAUUUUCCCACCGUUCCUUCUUCUUGUACAUACCCCAUGAUCCCCACGGUCAAUGAUUACAUGACCAAGGCUGCUGCACCUGUUCCCUCUGAAUUUGAUUUGAAGUUUCAACAAUAA